GCUCCCUUGUCCUUUUUUUCACUUCCCCCUGCAGAGACAUUUAUGUCCCACUUCCCCUUGUCCCAGGGUGGAGACACCAGAGCAGCCAAGGGUGUUUUGGGGGAAGUGUAGAGGCAACCCAAAAGAGCAUCUACUUGACUAGACCUUUUGCCCGGAAUCUCAUGAAGAAAUGAUAGGAGGCAGGCAUCCGUGCCUAAGAAGAGCACUGAGCUCAAAGGACAGCAACACAGAGUUCUGGGAGUGUACUUUGAGUUCCACCAGAUGCAGGAGUCUGAACAGCUCUCAUUGCUCAAAGUAAUUGAAAUUAAUAGCAGAAGACUUAGAGUGCACCCGGGAAGCUCAUGCCAAAAACUGAUUCUAUCUUAUUGAAAGUAUGUAAUCCUAGCUGGGGAUUUGUAUACAUCAAUGGCAGAAUCAUCCAGUGAUUCAGACCACUUCCGCUAUCGUAACCGAUUUAGUCGAUGGGCAACCAGGACAGUUCAAAGGGAAACUGGAAGUCAUCCGACAGUAGAUGUCACUGCGAAGGUCAACACUAUAACCAGUACUUUACAGGACACCAACCGGAACCUGCAACAAGUGGAUGAGAUGCUUGGACGAUAUCGAGACUAUAACAUUGGACAUGCGGGUGCUAUUGAACAGUUAAAGGGAGAUUUGGAGCAGUCGAUAAGCCAACUGCGGAGUCAGCGCUUACAGAGAAACUCUGGAGGGAGAAGUGCUUCUGUUACCAGCCUGAGUGCAAGUGAUCUCGAUGGUGGCAUUGUGGCAGAGAGUCUUCGCUUUACACCUACCUCACCGCUGAAGGACUAUGAGCCCCAGGGUAUUAAACGAAACAGGUCCAGAACUGGGGUUCGGUUUGUUCGGGAGACAGACGACAUGGCCCAGCUGCAUGCAUUUCAUCAGUCCCUCCGAGACCUCAGCAGUGAACAAGUUCGGCUUGGAGAUGAUUUCAACAAGGAGAUUUCCAGAAGAAGCCGGUCGGAUGCUGAAACAAAAAGGGUUUUGGAAGAAUUGACUGAGAAGCUUAAUGAAGCCCAGAAACAAGAUGUGGUUUCAGAUCGAGUGGAGCGGCGGCUUCAGGAAAUAGAGAGAGAGAUGCGCACGGAAAGAGAGCUGGUGGAAAGACGACAGGAUCAGCUGGGACUCAUGUCCUUGAAGCUUCAGGAGGCCCUGAAGAAACAAGAAGCUAAAGCAGAUGAGAAUGAGGACGUAAUGAAAAACAAGCUACGGCAAACUGAAACUGAGAAGAGUCACCUGGAACAGGAAUUGGAGCUCUCUCGCAGGCUGCUGAAUCAAUCUGAAGGCAGCAGAGAAACACUUUUGCAUCAGGUGGAAGAACUGCGUACUCAACUUACGAAAGCUGAAGGUGACCGGAAGGGUUUACAACACCAAGUAGCCAAGCAACAGUCGAGCUCCCAGGAUGAUCAACGAGAUGACUGGAGGUUUAGAAGAGGGGUAGAGCGGGAGAAACAGAGCCUGGAGAGGCAGAUGGCGGAACUGCGGGUGCACCUGAACUUCAACGCCAUGGCUUCCGAGUUAGAGGAGGUGAAGCGGUGCAUGGAACGGAAGGACAAGGAGAAAGCCAGUUUGGUGGCCCAAGUAGAGACUCUAACACGUGACUUGGAGAACAGGGAAAAACAACAGUUGCAGAUGUUGGAUCAACUUAAGGAGAUCCAGAAUCACUUUGAGACCUGUGAGGCUGAUCGUAAGCACAAUGACCUCCAGAUCUCAGAGCUGACUCGCCAUGCAGAGGAUGCGACCAAGCAGGCAGAACACUACCUUAGUGAGUUCCAGAGGUCGGAGGCCCUACGAGAGGAGGCAGAGAAGAGGCGAGAAGACCUGAAAACAAAGGCCCAGGUCAUCCGCCAGUGGAAGGUGAAGCAUAAGAAGCUGGAGCGGGCAUUGGAGAAACAAGCUGAAACCCUUGACCAGCUGACAGAAAAGAACAAUCAGCUUCUAAAAGAGAAAGACGAAUUGAAAAGCCAGUUUUAUGGAGCAUUGCAACAGAUCGAGAAUCUCAGGAAGGAACUGAAUGACGUCCUAACCAAGCGUGCUCUGCAGGAGGAGGAGCUUCACUGUAAGGACCAGAAACUCAGCGAUGUUCAAUCUCACCAAGUUGAACUUGAACUGGAGGUCAAGAAUUCCCUCGACACCAUCCAUCGGCUGGAAAGUGAAUUGAAAAGACAGAGUACGAUGCAAAGCCAGAUAAAAGCCGAGAAGAUUCACCUGGAGGAAGAAAUUGCAGAGCUGAAGAUGAGCCAGGCCCAGGACAAAAUCAAACUUCUGGAGAUGCAGGAGUCCAUCAAGGACUUGAGUGCCAUCCGAGCAGAUCUCGCUAAUAAAUUGGCUGAAGAAGAGAGAGCUAAGAAAGCUGUGUUCAAGGACCUUUCUGAACUGAUGGCCCAGACCAAGUCCAAAGAGGAAGAAAUGGCUACCAUUAUCACACAGUUAAACUUAGAACGAGACGUUCACCAGAGGGAGCUGGAAGAUCUCACAUCCUCACUGCACAGCGUGAAAACGAAGCACGAACAGAAUAUCCAGGAGCUGAUGAAGCACUUUAAGAAAGAAAAGAGUGAAGCAGAGAAUCAUAUCAGGACACUGAAGGCGGAGAGCCUGGAAGACAAGAAUAUGGCUAAAGCCCACCGCUGUCAGCUGGAGAAGCUGACGUCCCAGUGCGAGAAACUGACGGAGGAGUUAGCCCAGAAUGAAAACGAGAACAGGAAACUGAAGCAGAAGUACCAGUGUCUGAAGGAGGAACUAGAGGAAAAGGAGAAACAUAUAAGUAAUGAAGAAGAGCACUUACGGAGAAUGGAAGAGGCCAGGCUGCAGCUCAAGGAUCAACUUCUUUGUUUGGAGACAGAACAGGAAUCUAUUCUUGGUGUGAUAGGAAGGGAAAUUGAUGCAGCUUGUCAAACUUUCUCCAAAGACUCAGUGGAGAAAUUGAAAGUAUUUACCUCUGGGCCUGAAAUACAUUAUGACCCACAUCGCUGGUUAGCUGAAAGCAAGACCAAGCUUCAGUGGCUCUGUGAGGAGCUGAAAGAGAGAGAAAGCAGAGAGAAGAACAUGCGGCAGCAGCUGAUGCUUUGCAGACAGGAGCUCAGGGACCUGACGGAGCACAAGGAGUCUGAGCUGCUCUGUCUGUUCGAGCACAUCGAGAGGCAGGGGCAGCUUCUGGAGGAGUUCCACCAGGAGAAGAGAGGUGGGUCCGUGUGCUCCCUCUCCUCCUUCUCUGUCUUCAUAGGAUUGUGGGGCUGGACGAAAACCUCCUGGUACUUCUUCACUUAGGACUUUUUCUAAAUGGAUUUCUUUCCUUGCCUCUUAUUCUCCCAUCUUUCUUCAUUUCUGAGACUAUCAGACCAAGCUGUUGAGUCCUGAGAAAUUUCCUUUGGCCACAGUGCCCUCUUUUGCGCUUUCAAUAUGUAUCUGUGGGAUGUGUAUGAGAAUUGGCUUGGUAAGGUUCCAUCUUUUCUCCUGAUAAAGUGAUUGAAGUAAAAUAUCUAUUCAUUCAACAAAGACUUGUUUUGUAUUAGAGAAUCUCUCCCUGUUGGUGAGAACAAUGAAUCAACCAAAGGGAAAGGUCCGUUAUUCAGCUUACCUUAUUCUGGCUUGGGUGGCAGAAAAUGAAUACAAUAAAUAGAUGUGCACAUAUUAGGAGGUGUAAGCUCACUGGUGAAAAUAAUGGGCUAAGAAAGACAGAGUUUGGAAGAAUUAUGACAGAGUCAAACCUUACACAAAUGACUUAGAAAAGUACAUGUAUAGUUGCGUUCAUCAUAACAGGAAAAAGAAAAAUGAUGCCUAAAACCUGUGAAGUCAAGUACUCUUGUUCUUAAGCCAUUGCUAUAUUGCCUUAUUGAUGAACUCUAUCAAGAAGCACAGGACGCUCAUUGUAGUGUCCCCUUAAGAAAACCUGAAAUUUAAUAUAUGACAAUGCUUGUUCAGAGUAUUUGUUUUAAAAGUAACUUCAUUUUACAUUUUGAUAUGCAUGAAAAGGUUAAGUGUUAAAGAGGAAAUCAUAUCUAAUAGUGCUAUGUGGAGGCUUGCCCAUCCAGGCCACAUCCAGAGGACUGUUGCUCCAGGCCACUUGAGUAUUAUUAGCUGUGGCUACAGGAGAUGUCAAAGGAUGCUUUUCUGUUUUUCCUUAAUGGCAGUACAAUGAUGACAAUACACUUCCACAGCUGGCUAUGGAAGUUUGAGACCAAAGCUGUAUGUAUUUCCUGUGCUUUAUGUCAUGCUUCCUAGCUAACACUAGGUUACAAAUCAGCCUCAUUGUCAGUAAGUAGUAUUUGACCCGUCAUCAUUUCUUUGUAUUUAGAUUAAUGUGGCAUGCAAAAUCCAAAAGAGAAAAUAUUUAUACACAUAGCUUUAAAAGGAAAGCUACUACUAAGAUAUGAAGAAAGGAAAUUAUUUGUAGCCUUUGAGAAAGUAAGACCUUUAUAACAGAGAAUGAUUUCUCAGUUUGUUUAUAGUCAGUGUCUGUUAACUAAGAGUCCAAGUGGCAAGCACUAGAGGGGAUAAACACCAUCUACUUUCCUUUUUUGUGCUCAGCUCAAUGACUGACAGUUUUGUCUUAGCAAUAGUGGCUGCAGUUGGCAAGCAGCUAGACAGUCCUUACCCAGAUGCGUCACCUGUUUUUGUCUCAGUGCAUGUCCACCAUAGGCAGAUAAGGAAUGCAUUGGGUGGAUAAUCUAUCCACUGACACAUGGCUACAUGGAGACAUGGAGGAUUCCGGAAGGAAGUGGUUUGUAAAUGUUGCAAAGUGUUGUACUUCCAGUGCUAUAGCCCAGUGCACUGUAGACAUGCCAAGGACUUUCAGCCCGCAAAUGGACAACUACAUGAUGAAACAGCAUCAUUAGAGAGGGUAUAAUAUUAACAUUUAGUGAGAGAAAAAUCAUAAUUUAAAAAGGAAGCAUACUUGGGUGUUAUAUUUUAGAUUUGUAAAGAGCUGAUAUCUGGCCAUUGACCCAAAUUUCUUAACAUUUUGAAAUUCCUUGGCCACCAACUGUAGGCAUUUUCUAUAUCACAUAGAUUAGCAGUGAGAUUCCAUUUGUGUUUUGUUUGGACAUUAUUAAUUGGCUGUCCAGCCACACUCAACCACUUCUAUUACUUGCCAAAUUACGUCACUUUUCAAACUUGUCUUACUCAAAAAUACAUGUAAUACUGACAUUUACAGAAUUACUAGUCAUUGUUGCUUGGUGCAAAGAUAAAGGAAAACAGUAUUUUGUUUUUUGUUGCUCAUUCCUGUUGGGGGUAGCUUGGAACUGAGGGAACUGAAUAUGGAACAGUGGAUAAUAAAGAAUACAUUUUCAACUGUAAAAUGCUUUGAGGAAGAUAAGAAUGAGCUAGAGUAAACCCAGACUCAAGAACUGGACUCCAGUGACCCAGAGAGAAAACAGACAGACAAGUAAACAAUAUUUGCCUUUAGUAUAGGGUAGAAUUUAUUAAGAAGUAGGACCUUGGAUUUUCCUCAAAGCUGACAGAGAAUAAAUACAAGAAAGAUUAAUAAAGCUGGUGGAACAAGGGAGGGACUAGAGUGUGAAAUUAGGAAAGAUGAAUUGUGUGGGAACCCAUUCUAAAAAAUAAAAAAGACAUGAAUA